GUGUAUAAUCUAUGGUGUAUAAUCUAUGGACGCCAGUGCCAACAAACACGCUAUGGAUAUAUACAAAGAAUUUUUGUAUCGUCUUCGAAAUUACAACCUACAAGAUGUGUAUUUAUUCUUGCACGAAGAUUUAUCGCCCAAAUUAAAAGAAUAUAUUUGUUUAUUACGAGACGUACCUUUCGAGGAUGGAUUGUAUCACACAUAUUAUGCUGAUGUUAAAAAAGUAGUCUCCACUUUCAUGAAUUACUUUAUUCAAACUAUCGACGAGGUUACCUUAGAAGUAGAUAAAUAUACUAACGUAUUGUGUAAAGAUGACUUGAUAAAUUUAAUGGAAAAGACAGUUUCGAUACACGAAAAAAAUCAAAUUGAUUUUGCUAAAGAUUUUUUACCAAUAAAAGCACCAAUCGAAAAACAAAUUUAUGAAGAAAUAGAAAGCAAAUAUGAUAUUUUUAAAUGUAAAUUAAAAGAAUUUCAAUCGAAAUUGGAGCAAUUAAAUAAGAAAGAACAAAUAGACGAAUUUGCAAAAUCAAACCAUUUUCAGUUUUCAUUGAAAAAAUCCAGUGACUUGUUUCAUUUUGUGCAUAUAUUUAUUGGUAUGAUGGUAGCGGAUCGUUUAUACCAGAUCCGUGUCAGCCUUGAAGAGAUACUCCUUCGUGUUCGAAGCAAUCUCCAGCUAAUGCGGGACGAGGAGGAAGAGGUAUUAAACGGGCUACUCAAUGAGCUAUACGACAAGAAUAAAGAACAGCUGUUUAUAAAUAGAUCGUACAAGCGUUACUCCAUGGAGGAAGCGGAAGUUAGUGUUGUGGUUAGAAAAGGUAUAGAAAUUAUGCAAGAGAAGAUUGAAAAUCGCGAAACCAACGUGCACAUUUCACGUUUAGAGCAAGAAGUUUCAUUUUGGGAGAAACGUAUUACGGAUUUUAAUCAAUGCGCCGACUUACUCACUAAACUGAAGACUGAAUUUGAUACGAUCGUUAAAGAAGAAGAUGUAUACAAUAAUUUGAGAAUAAAUGAGAAACCGGGCCCUAAGCUUGAGUGUUGGAAGAAUAUGGGUAAUAACUACAAAGAACGAAAACAAUAUUUGAAUAUGAAAAUAGCUGACGCAGCGAAAGCUCUUCUGACUUUCUUCUCUUGCAGAGGUACAAAUAGAAUUUACUAUACAGAUAAUGUAGGACCAUAUUAUGUUGAUGAAUACAAUCACAAAGUUUAUUACUUCAACUAUGGAUUGGACAUGUAUCAUACUGACUGCGAUGGGAAGUUUAAGGAGAUUCAGAAGCAAGCCUAUUACCACGAUUUAUCAGGGCGAUACACUUUAGAGAAUGGAAACAAGAUUUAUCAAUGCGCACCGUGCACGAGCAAAUACGUCCUUGAUGAAAAUGAACUUUUUAAAAAAAUAACUCAAGACUGUGGUCAUUCGGAGAAGGCGAACGAAAAGUGCAGAUUGGAUUUUAAGGAUACUGUCGAGGAACCCCCGGUACAUGAAAAUGCCGUCAACAUUAAAUUACCUCCGGAAGCAGCAGAGUACCUGUGGACGAGCUUCGGAGGUGUUCUACCGGAAGCUCUGCACGCCGUGGCCGUCGAGAAACCAAAAAACCCUAUACAUUUUCUAGCUCAUAAACUACUUCAGUACAAGUACACCGACACUUUAGAAGGGCAGCGUCUUAAGACGAAGCAAGCAAAAUCCUAUAGAGACGACAUUUAUAAAAAGCGUAAAGAGCGAGCCGUGCAAGCCAGCACGACUUGGAAAUUGAAGCAGGUCCGACGUCGCAAACCCGAAGAAUCGGACGACUCACACAACCGGGCCGUUUUUGAUGCGCACAUUGCUCAAAAGGAAUUCAUUAAUUCUUUGAAUUAUUACUUCUAACUCUUUUUUUUUACUCGAUAUCCUUUCUGAAUCCGAAUUCGGAAUUUGUCUUAAAUUAACAAUUAAAUUAUUAUUCAAACAA